AUGUCAAAUUAUAAAACUCUUAUAUUCACUAGUUCUCGUCCCACAAGAUGUGAUAAUGCGUUGGUCUGCCCGUGCCCUUCACUCCCAAAUGACUACAAAGAUAGAAAUCAAACUCUUGUGGGUGUGUUAUCACCGAGUCAACCACUGUUCCAGUCAUGGUCAGGAUCGCACCGGAACAGCCUCGUGUGGUGUCUUUUCUGGACCACGGCGAAACCUGAUGCUCGGAUUGUAACCUUGAGAAGGUAUCGACUUGUAGAGCUCGGUCAUGGAUCCGUCAAUCUUGGCGUUUAUCUUGAGAGCCAAGUUGAAACAAAAUAA